AUGUCUUCCUACGAUGGAUCGCGGUCCGCCCGCCAGUCCAAGCGGUACUCCAUGUCCGCGCUCUAUCUCUCUAUCGCUAACGAUGGUGACCUCGAGAUCGAGGAUGACCUUGCGAAAGCCCAGAAGACGCUUCGUGAGCUGAAGUCCAAGAUCUCUUCUCAGUCCAAGAAGAACUUCGUCCUUGAGAAGGACGUACGUUACUUGGACUCGCGUAUUGCGCUCCUGAUCCAGAAUCGCAUGGCGCUCGAGGAGCAAAACGAGGUAGCGAGCCACCUCGAAGAUGCCACCGAUAUCCAGGAAGGCGUAUUCCCGAACGACGAUAAGACCCAAAAGUACGGCAACCUUCUGUUCCUCCUGCAAUCGGAACCGAGGCAUAUUGCGCACCUCUGCAGGCUUGUUACGAUGGCCGAAAUCGACUCGCUCCUCCAAACCGUCAUGUUUACGAUUUACGGUAAUCAGUACGAGAGUCGCGAAGAGCACCUCCUCUUGACCAUGUUUCAGUCCGUCUUGACCUACCAGUUUGACAACACCCCGGAAUAUUCGUCUUUGUUGCGUGCCAACACGCCGGUCUCUCGCAUGAUGACGACGUAUACGAGGCGUGGUCCUGGUCAGACGUUCCUCAAAUCCGUGCUCGCCGAUCGCAUCAAUAGCCUUAUCGAGCUCAAGGACCUUGACCUCGAGAUUAACCCUCUCAAGGUGUACGAGCGUAUGGUUGAACAGAUCGAAGAGGAUACCGGAUCCCUUCCUGCCUCUUUGCCCAAGGGCAUUACCGCCGAGCAGGCUGCGGAGAAUCCCCAGGUCCAGGCCAUCAUUGAGCCCAGGCUCACUAUGCUUACCGAGAUCGCAAAUGGCUUUUUGACGACCAUUAUCGAGGGACUUGAAGAGGCUCCCUAUGGUAUCCGUUGGAUUUGCAAGCAGAUUCGUAGCUUGACCAAACGAAAGUACCCCGAUGCCAAUGAUCAAGUCAUUUGCACGCUCAUCGGAGGUUUCUUCUUCCUGCGAUUCAUCAACCCUGCCAUCGUAACGCCCAAGUCGUACAUGUUGAUUGACGGCAUCCCAUCAGACCGUCCCAGGCGCACCCUGACCCUCAUCGCCAAGAUGCUUCAGAACCUUGCCAACAAGCCAUCCUAUGCCAAGGAGCCUUACAUGGCCAAGCUCCAGCCUUUCGUCCAGCUUAACAAGGAAAGGGUGAACAAGUUCAUGCUCGAGCUUUGUGAGGUCCAGGAUUUCUACGAGAGCCUGGAAAUGGACAACUACGUUGCCCUGUCGAAGAAGGACCUCGAAUUGUCCAUCACCCUUAACGAGAUUUAUGCCAUGCACACGCUUAUUGAAAAGCACCAUGGUGAGAUAUGUCGGGAUGAGAACUCGCAUCUCAGCAUCAUCAUGUCAGAGCUAGGCGCGGGACCACCCCAGGUUCCCAGAAAGGAGAACAGGGCAAUCACCCUUCCUCUUUUCAGCCGAUGGGAGACGGCUAUUGACGACUUGACUGCCGCUCUCGAUAUCACGCAAGAAGAGGUCUACUUUAUGGAAGCCAAGUCCAUCUUCGUCCAGAUUAUGCGAUCCAUCCCUCCCAACAGCUCUGUGGCACGGCGACCCCUGAGGCUUGAGAGGAUUGCCGAUGCAGCUGCCACAAGCCGUAAUGACGCUGUGAUGGUUCGCAAGGGCAUCCGCGCCAUGGAACUUCUUUCGCAGCUUCAGGAGUUGAGGGCUAUCGACAAGAAUGACCAGUUUGCCAUGCUUCGCGAUGAAGUGGAGCAGGAGCUGCAACAUCUCGGCUCUCUCAAGGAUGGCGUCAUUGUUGAGACCCAAAAACUGGAGGAGGUGUACAAGACCAUCCGGGACCAUAACACUUAUCUCGUCGGCCAGCUAGAAACGUACAAGAGCUAUCUUCACAAUGUCCGAUCCCAAAGCGAAGGCACGAGGAGAAAACAGCAGAAGCACGCGGUGCUUGGGCCCUACAAGUUCACGCACCAGCAGCUGGAGAAGGAAGGUGUAAUCCAGCGAAGCAAUGUCCCCGACAACAGGAGGGCCAACAUUUACUUCAACUUCACGAGUCCACUCCCUGGCACUUUCGUGAUCUCGCUACACUACAAAGGACGAAACCGUGGUCUUCUUGAGUUGGAUCUCAAGCUUGACGACCUGCUUGAGAUGCAGAAGGAUGGACAAGAUGAUCUCGACCUUGAAUACGUGCAGUUCAACGUACCAAAGGUCCUUGCCCUUCUUAACAAGCGGUUCGCGAGGAAGAAGGGAUGGUAA